AUGGCCACGAAUGACGAGGAGCCUACACGGAGUGCAGUGACCCAAUCCGGUACUGCCGAAUCGAAUGGUGCCGCACCCUCGAGCCUGUCCACGUCACCGACCCCGACCCCGCAGCUCGAGGCGCCUGCUUCGUACUCGUCCUCAGCAGCCAGCUUGAAACCACGUCCCCAGCUCGACUUGCACCCCGUGUUCCACCCACCCUUGUGGCUCGCGAGAAGGACGGCAUGCAUUAGGGCCCUCAAGAAGGAAGGUGUUCGUUCCGUGAGUCAUCCUCCUGCCAUCUCUUCUGCACACGAGCUCGUACAGCGCCCUCGAAAUCGAGCCCGACGGGGGUCACGAGGCGCGCGCCACGGCCAAUUUUGACUUCAAGGACCGUGCCUGUACCCCGCAUUCUCUUUUUCCUCUUCGCUUGCAUGUAUCCUGCAGCUUUCAUUAUGCGUUUUCACCCCACCCCGCCCCAUCCCCUGAGCCCACCACCCCAUCCCGAUUCCUCUAAUCCAUCCCUCUUCCUCGCUGACUUCAACAACACAACAAAGACCACGGCUGGGGAAGCGUACCAUGUGAUCGACACUGACAUGACAAAUCUCGAUCUCUUUUCCACCGCCAGGUCGUCGACAUCGGUUGCGGCGAGGGAGCCGUCCUGCAGAUGCUCAUCUCCCCGGCCUACCACCUCGAUUCGUUUCCCGAUCUCUACGCCCCCGAUCCCGUUUCGCAUUCGUUGUCAUCCGAGUCCCGUUUCUCAAGUCCCCGCGAGGCUAAGCUCGAACAGCUGCGCAGGGUACCACGCUUGAACCCAGAGGAAGAGGAACUGCACUUGCGUCGGGUCAUCGGUGUCGAUAUCCUCAGGUCGAGUCUGCAGCAGGCCGCUCGCGUCACCGAUCCGGAGGGUGGGGGCGCCUCGCCCCAUGCUUCGAGGUGGGAGGAGUGUAGGGUCGAACUUUACGAAGGUGGUCUCGAAUCAUACAACCAAGUCUUCGAAGGUGUAGAGGCUAUGAUAGCGACCGAGGUCCGUGCGAAUGCGCGAUGUCAAACGGAACAAGGAAUUCAAAGCUGACCCUUCUUCUUGUUCGUGAUCAAGGUCAUCGAGCAUUUACCACCGCACCUGUUUGACAAGUUUGCCAAGACAAUCUUGGGAAUGUAUCAACCCCGACUAGUCGUCGUGACCACCCCGAAUCAUGAGUUCAACCCCUACUUCAUUGCGACCAGCAAAUCCGACGAGGACUCAAACCGCUUUCCCGACCCGACGGGCCGUACGAACCGAGUUUUCCGCGAUGACGAUCACCAGUUGGAAUUCACGAUCGACGAGUUUCAAUCCUGGGCCAACAAAGUUGCUGCCGAGAACGACUACCAAGUCACCUUCACUGGUGUGGGCUCGUUGUCGCAUUACUACGGCAGUCACGCACCGCCGUACGCUGGCAUCCCUUUCCCUCCUCCUUCGCUUGACGCUCAUCCAGCUUGUCGCGACUUUGCCUCUUCGAAAUCUCUUCCUUCGGACCCUUCGACAUUCUAUGCGACUCAAAUCGCCAUCUUCACUCGCAUCUUUCCCAACGAGGUCGAACGUUCGCCGCGAUCCCACAAGCCGCAGCCAUUGCCCUUCUUCUCCCCGACGACCGAGUCGAUCGUCGAAAUGGCACCGGUGGCUGCGAUCGUACCCUCUGGUGUAGCGUUACCUUCAUCAAGCACGACACGUCCAGGUCUCACUGCCCGUCGACCAACCUUGAGCACGCCUCACGUGCACGUCCAAACGCAUACCCACCGACCCCACCCCAGCGCUUCCGAACCUCUUCGUUCCGAGAAGCUCAUCGAAUCCCUCAAAAAAUGCUUCAACGGACGCCAAUCGUCCCGCCUGAGCUUGGCGCAAAUCUGGUCCAACGACGAGAUGAGGAUCGACUGCGGUGGGAUCGUGGGGAGUUUGAUCGAGGCGCUUUUGGAGAAGGAUGAGGAGGGGGAAUGGGAAUUAGAAGCAUUGGUGGAGGAGGAAGGGGUGAGGGGUAUGGACGCGCUGAUGGUUGAGUGGAAGGGGUUUGUAGAGAGGCAAGAAGAGGGGGAAUCGGUGUGGGAUCGCGCGUAUAUCGAGGAGAUGGAGGUGGAGGAUAGGCAUGAGAAAGAGCUCGACGAGGACGAUAAUUUGGAGGAUAGUAGUGAUGAGGAGGGACUUGACCUUGAGUGGGAGCAGUGA